AUGGACCCACAACAGUCUGUUCCUCAACAGAGGAACUCUCACAAUCCUCAUCUGCUGGCCCUUGUGCCGCCUACGUCCAACACCCUGCCCUUGAGGUCUUCCGCUAGCACCCCGAUGACCUCUCCGGGGCUCUUCAGCCCCUCGAACCCGCGUCCGAAGAUGAACUUUCCGGUUCACCCUUCGUCUGACUCCAACACCCCGAACGUCGAGACGAGCAGUCCCUAUCUUCACCCACUACAGAACCACAAAGUCAGAGAGACGCACAAAGCUCUGAUUGAUUCCGACAGUAUCACCGGCCGCAAACUCAUUAACCAAUAUGAAGUCAUCGAAGAAAUUGGCAGGGGCGUCCACGGAAAGGUUAAGCUCGCCCGAAAUCUCGAGACGGGCGAAAAUGUGGCUAUCAAGAUUAUCCCACGGUACUCCAAGAGACGCCGACUCGGCAAGGUCAUGGCCAUGUCCCCGCAGGAAAAGACGAUGAGGGAGAUUGCCAUCCUCAAGAAGAUGAGGCAUCCCAAUGUCGUCUCGCUGUUGGAGAUCAUCGACGACCCGGAGUUGAAAAAGAUCUAUUUGAUUCUCGAACACGUCGAGCUAGGCGAGGUUGUGUGGAGAAAGAAGGGUCUGCCGCACAUUUGCCACCACGAGCGUCGUCGCAUCGAGAGAGAAUCCAGAGGCCAGCCGCUCACCCCAGAGGAGGAGCAUUACGAACUACUAAUGGAACAGCGGCAUGCCAUACGGGAGAAAAAGCGUGAAAGGAUGUCUCUAGCCAAUAUGGGCGCACACGAACACUGGAGUAUCGAGCACGGCAUUUCCGAUGACGCCAGUUAUGGCUCGCAAUCCCGCGUCCCCUCGAGGGAUGACUUGGGAGCUCUGGAGUUCACCGGGCGCGAAGGAUCCCAACCCAAUUCGCUGCAGGCAUCCCGGGCCACGUCUCGAGUGCCAUCGCGGUCCCAGUCUGUCAAGUCGAUACGCGACGCCGUCUUUGACCAGGAAGCCAUCGACGAUACCGACGACAUUGAGACGCCAGGCCCGCUACAGUCAAGCAAUCCAGGCUCAGCCACCGCCCUCGACGGAACCAUGUAUGGUGCCUAUAUGGGAGAUGCGGCCUUUCGAGGUCGUUCACCCAGCAUGGCCGAUUCCAUCAUUUCGCACAUGUCCUCGGUCGACUGGAACUCUCGGAUGCAUGACCCUUUUGCUGAAGACUUUUCAUACGUUCCGUGCUUUACCAUCGAGCAGGCAAGAACCACUUUCCGAGACACUGUCUUAGGCUUAGAGUACCUGCACUACCAAGGUGUCGUACACAGGGAUAUCAAGCCUGCCAAUCUGCUGUGGACCAAGGACCACCGCGUCAAGAUUUCCGACUUCGGCGUUUCGUACUUCGGCCGCCCCAUUCGAGAGGGCGAGGCCGACGAUGAGACAGUCUCGGAAUCCGAAGCACAAGAUUUUGACGAUGAUCUUGAAUUGGCCAAGACAGUUGGCACCCCGGCGUUCUUUGCACCUGAACUGUGCUAUACUGACGCGGACCGCAUGGAACAACCAAAAAUCUCCGAGAUGAUCGAUAUUUGGUCACUUGGUGUUACACUCUACUGCCUCAUCUAUGGACGCAUUCCUUUCCAGGCUGAAGACGAGUGGCAGAUGUUCCGAAAAAUUGCCACCGAGGAAGUCUUCAUUCCACGCAAACGGCUCAAGGCAGUGGACCCUUCUACCCCUCCCAACUCCGAAUCUCUCUUCAAGCGGCACAAUGUACCCCCUUACAGAGACGACAACGAACUGGCCUACGAGGACAUCGGCGGCCUUUUACACGACCUCAUGCGUCUGAUGUUUACAAAAAACCCGGAGAAGCGGAUUCGUCUGAAAGACAUCAAGACCCAUCCUUGGGUUGUGCAAGGCAUUCCUAACACGCAAGCGUGGGUUAGUGAAACUGAUCCAGCGAGAAACCAAGGCAGGCGGGUCCAGGUCAACGACAAGGAGGCAGCCCAUGCUGUCGUUCCCAUUGCCUUCCUGGAACGCGCACGAUCUACCGUGAAGAAGGCAGUUGGAAAGUUGAUGCACCCUUUAGGAGAUCGAAGCGAUAGCCGGUCGCGGCGGAGGGCUGCCAGCAGUGCUGCUAGCUCUGCUGGAGACAGCAUGUACAAUGUACCGCCUACGCCACACUCGAGAGAAGCACGCAGAAAGAGUCUCAAGAGCGAAGACUAUUUUUCAAACGUCAAAGACUUUGCCUUUGGUGGCUCUGAGCAUCCUCUGGUUCACAGCCAGACUGUUUCUCCCUACGAGUCUCCCUACGACCCUCUCGCCACCGCUAUCGCUCAACCCGCCAAAGGCCAAGGGGCCGCCCUUCUACAUGCGAUCCAGAAUAGCUACAAUGAAUCUAGGACAAAUAGCGGCACCGCGUCGCCAUCGGAUCAGUCAACGAUACCUGGGACAGCGCCACUCUACAAACCUUUUCAGAGAUACUCCCAAAGCCCAUCAAACGGCAAUAGCUUUUUGACUCUGACAGCCGGAUUACCUGAGGUCAGGACACAACCUCCAACACCUUUCGUAGCCGACACUACACUCGACGAUCCGUCGAAGGAUAUGCGGCAAACACGGGGAUAUGAAGCCUUGACUGAAGAAGCUCUGCGGGCACGCUCGGCCGAGCGUGGCGUGUUCAGAGAACAAGACAAGCGCGCUCCAGCACAAGUGAGCGUCACCACAGCGAGUGUGCCCGGUACCCUUCACAGGAUGCCCAGCUUACCUGGCAAGCCUCGUACUAUGCGGUCGGUCGACUUGGGCAAGGCGAAGCAGGCUACCAGCGGCUUAGCUUCCCCACUGUUCUUCUCGUCUCGGUCCGUCACUGGCUACCAGCACGGCCAACCCCAGUCGGACUCGAAUAUCUACGAAAACCAACGACUCACUGCCGAUCUAGAGGAGAGACCACAGACAGCACACAGGAUCGAGAGCGUGCGAGAUGUACCGGAAGCAAGGACGCCGCCCCCGCGCACAUACAACACGUCGACUCCCGAAUCGUUCGCCCGCGCAAAAAGCGAGAUGCAACGCAAGCAAAUCGCAGAAGGUCUUGCGCAACAGGCCCCUGACGACGUUAGGUCAGAUAUUGCCGUGAUUGAUCCAACCGAAGUACCUUGCCCUCUCUCGCCUGACGAUGAGUUCUUUGGCACGCCGCCACCUCCUUCUCGCGAGGGCACAAUGGAAACUCGACAAUCCUCACGCUCGACAUCCGUCGGUGGCCUGGCCUCUCCUAUUACAAACCCCAGCGAAGUGGCAAGUCCCGUCUCGUCUAUCAACCACCAUGCAAAGGAGGAGAUGCUUGCCUUCCAAUCUGAUCCUUCGCUUCCCGCCCUUCUUAGCGGGGCCAGCUCGGUAUCCGUCGACCUAGAUGCCGAACCCGUGGAGCCUACUAUUGUCAAUAACAAACCCGGUUUGCUCGAGACGACAGAUUCCCUAACACCUCCAGCCUAUGUUAAGGAGCCCAUGGCUGGAUUUCCCUUGGAACAGUAUGAGCAACAGGGACGGUUUGAGCAACACAAUGCGUCGUUCAACGCAGUCCCGAUACCACUUCGCAUCACACCCAGCCCGAUCUAUAGGAGCCCGCCACCCAUCCACCAUACCCCCGAACUGCGACCACAAGACGAUAAUGACGACGAUAGCGACAGUGACGAGGGUCUUUUGAUGGCAAAAACGAAGAAGAAACCAUCAACCAACAACCACGUCGAACGGAUACAUUUUGGUGCAAGACGACGUGAUACGAACGCGAGCAUUGCCAGUACGGAGACGGCAAAGAAGGUCGUUAUUCACGGCGAAGAAGUCAUCACCUACGCCGACUGA